CUUGACUGCCUCGAACGUACCUUCGAUCAUACUCGGUGACAGUCAACCGUUCUUUGCUUCUUCAUUCUUGGAAUUCCUUGACUGGAAUCCUCGGUUCUUCACAUAGAGUGAAGAACAAACCUCCUCCCACACGAGAGUAUGAUUCCUACGCCUCCUGCAUCGCCCAAACCUUCUGGACUAUGCGACCCUCAUGACCGGAUCAACCUGGUUCUCGCCGACCGCAUCCAACUGACCGAUGUCCUCGGCGUUGGCGCAUAUGGCACUGUUUACCGCGCUCACGAUCUCUUGACCAACGUCGAGUAUGCCGUGAAGGCUUUGCCCAAGGUCGGCCUGGACGACCGCCAACGGCGAUUCCAGGAUCGCGAGAUCCAAUUGCAUUAUGAAUGCCAGCAUCCCAAUAUUGUUGCCCUGCAUCAAACCUUGGAGACCUCCGAUUGCACUUACGUUGUGCUUGAGUUUUGCCCAGAAGGUGACCUCUUUGCCAAGAUUACCGAGGAGAGCCAGUAUGUUGGCGAUGAUGUUCAGGCCCGCAAUGUGUUUCUGCAAAUCCUAUCUGCUGUCCAGCACUGCCACUCUCGCGGGAUCUACCACCGGGAUCUCAAGCCGGAGAACGUUCUCGUCAAGGACAAUGGCCGGACUGUGAAGCUUGCCGACUUUGGUCUCGCAACCCAGGACCACAUCACUUCCGACUUCGGUUGUGGUUCGACCUUUUACAUGUCACCUGAGAACCAAGAUCCCAAUCCACAACCAUUCUCUUGCUAUGCUUCUGCUCCCAAUGAUGUUUGGUCUUUGGGCGUAAUCCUUGUCAACCUCACCUGUGGAAGGAAUCCAUGGAAGCGAGCUUCGAUGGAGGAUCCGACCUUUCGUGCAUUCCGCAAAAACCGCAAUUUCCUCAAGACUAUUCUUCCCAUCUCGGAUGAUCUGAACCGUGUGCUCCAGCGCACCUUCGAAGUAGAGCCUGAACGCCGUAUCACCUUGGACGAGCUUCAGAAGGAAAUCUACCGCUGCAGGUCCUUUACCGCGCACACUCCCGCUACACCCCCGGAGAGCCCUGUUGAGCGACCUGCGCAAUCCCCUGCUGUAUUUGACCGUGCGGCCUCUGACCAGGUACCACGUCUGGACUUGCCGGCUCAGCAAUAUCCCCUCCAACCUGGUACCUCAACACGCCUGGCCUCAAGCAAGCUAUUGGUAGGCAAAAUCAAUGUCGCCGCCAACCUUUCUUCAUUCUUUCAUCACCAACAAAGAUCGAGAUUAAUUCUUUGUAAUAUCUUUUGGAUCAUCGGCACCUCGGUUGCCCAAGCUUUGCCCAUCUCCCGGUUGAGGUGGGCUUCUUCCGACACCCUAUUUUCGAUUUUUCUCUUUCAUCCUCCUCUCAUGGGGGUUUGACGACGACAUGAGGAUACUUCUGCGACGCUGCUCACCCUUUUGCAAAAUGACUCUUCUGCACAAUCCAGAACCUGUACUAGAUACCCUUGUUUAUUGUUUACAUCCUUUCGUUCUUGCAUCACUAUUUUUUUCACAUUGGACGCGAACAUUGUACUUUGAGGGAGAGAUCCCAGGAACGCAAUUUGGAGUUGGGCAACAAUUCAGACCGGGCCUCCAUUGAGAGAUGGCUUUGGCAAUUCUUUAGACACUGUUCGGGGAACAGGAUCGGCAAAAGAUAGAGGC